AUGACAAUCGUUCACCCAAGCUCAGAAAUACGCUUUAGCACCACCCCCGGAGGCUUUCAAGAAAAGCAACCGGGUCGAGUGUGUUCUUCAGGUGAUGCGAACCCCGUUCUCCGGACCGCGCGAGAUGUUUUUGAAAACACAAAUCUAGUGCGCCUGAACGAACGGGGCAUCGCAGCAGCAGCAAAAUACAUUUUGGACAGGAUCCAGUCCGAGUCAUACUCCCCACGGUCAUGGCGAACGCACCCAUUGCACAUAGUCCCACACGAAUCCCCGUCCUGGGACGAUCCCGCGACGAAAAAUUGCCUCGACUGGAUAUUCGUCAUCUCGUCGCUGAAUUUCAGUUUCUGGUCAGAACGGGAGGGAUGCCCCGAUCGUUACGGCGUGGAAUGGCGAGAGGGGUGGGACUUUGGGCAGACCACAGUACAUACAGGUUAUUGGUCGUUGGUCGCUGCAAUUGACCGUGCCCUUGACGAAAAUAUCCACGUCACCGAUCCUGCGUUUUAUUCAUCCACUACGUUAUGUCCAGAUUCUUUAUUUGAGCACAUAUUCCGACCGGCGGCACGAUGCAGUGAAGGGAUCCCUUUGCUAAGGGAGAGAAUUGCCAUUUUACGCGAAGUCGGGCGUAUCUUGUGUAAUGACUUCGGUGGAUCUUUUCAAGGAUUCUGCUCUGAGUUUCUUAGCAGAUACGAAGGUCGCGGCACUGCGCUUCAAUUUGCACGGAUGGUAGUGGAAACCUUCCCUCCAUUUCGUGACGAAGUCAUGUUUCAAAAUCAAAGAGUGCAUUUUUGGAAGCGUGCACAGAUUUUGACUGCCGAGAUCUGGGCGGCCUUCUAUCCUCUUUCCCCCGCACUACCUCACCUCUUGUUUCCGCAGGGACCUGUUAUCAGUCAGCUCACCAUGUUUUCUGACUAUCGUGUACCACAAAUCUUGCACCAUCUCCAGAUACUAGAAUAUUCGCCUAGCCUCGUAAAGUCCCUGGAGGAGUAUAGAAAUUUACCUGUCGGAAGCAAGGAGGAAGUUGGCAUUCGAGCUGCUAGCAUCGUCGCCGUAGAACGCCUGAGGGAGGAAAUGGUCUAUCUUCAGGCUGUUGAUCAAAUUUUUCAAAGAAAGGUCGAGAUCAGCAGCGUACUGAUAGAUUUUUACCUAUGGGAUCUUGCGAAGCGGAUCGAGAAGGGUGAGGAUAGUGUCACUGGCAUAUGCAUAACAAAAAUGCUGCCCGCACAUAGAACCAGAGGAAUCUGGUACUGA